AUGGAUACUUACACGUCGACCGGCGGCGUUGUUGUGCAGGUUCAUCAUGAAGCGGACGUGCCAUCCCUUCUCCAUGGCGUCGAGGAGACGACGAGAAAAUUGGCGACCGUAUUGCACGUUAUGGUCGCAGCCCUGCCAUUGCCAGUCUUCGGCGCUGGACUUUUCGCGACCUCUGUUGUCGCAGGGACAAUCGACGAUGUGCGUCAGACAUGCUUCGGCCACGGCUUGGACGAUGCCGGCACUGAUCAUCGCGUAGACGAACGCGGUUUGCGGAACUCCUAA